GUUCGGAGUGUUGAAUAUCCUAACAUACAUUGUGUUAUGAUGGCUUUGCAUCCCAAUUGGAAAGCUCUUUCAACAGUGGACUUUCCUUGGAAACGAUUUGUUAGGGAAGGCUGUUCACAAACUGAAGAUAAUAUCGAGACAAGAAAGGUAACUGGCAAUUGUCUAACUGGAGAAGAAGCAAAACGUAUCUAUGAAGAAGUUGUGGGUUCAGAUCUUUCUUUUGAAGACAAGCCGACCACAAGCAGAGGACAUGGUGAGGUAACAGGCCACUCUAUUGUAAGGAUAAACAGAUGCCAAGACAGAACAAAGUUAGUGAAUGCUUUGCUGACAGAGGCUCAGAAAAACAAUGUUGCUGGAUUGAAUGCUCUUCUGCCCAGCUCUUACAACAUUAACAUGACGGAUCAGUAUGGAUGGACUCCACUGAUGUCUGCAGCCUAUGCUGGUGCUUUGGAUGUUGUCAAGUUCCUCCUCAACCACAGGGCAGAUGUAAGCCUGAGAGACAAGAGUGGAAACACUUGUCUGUCCCUUGCAAGAAGACAGGGCCACCUUGCAGUGGUGCAGGCAAUCACAGAGGGCCACAAAGAGUCUGGUGUUCAGGGUCAACCAUCUGGAGCUGGGCACUUUGAAUUCUUCUGUGAUUCUUGUAAGCAAACUUUCCGAAACACCAGCAGAGAACAGCAUGCCACCUCAACAAUUCACCUCUUCAGCUGCAGGACACAAACUACUAUACCAACAGUGUACAGCAUUCCAGCGAGCAACAGGGGGUAUCAGAUACUUGUGAAGGGAGGUUGGGACAGGGAGAAAGGGCUGGGCCCUGAAGGAUCAGGGCACAAGUUCCCACUGAAGACAGUGCUGAAACGAGAUAGGGAAGGGCUGGGAGGGCCCAGCCGAGAGAAGCCUCGAGUGACACACUUUAAUCCUCAUUCUCUUAAAUUGAAGCGGACGAGAAGAAAAACAAGUAGCAGGUGCAACAGGGAUGCAGCACUAGCCAGGGAACAGAGGAAGGAACGGGCAUUACGGCGAGAGCUAGGAGACGCGCUCUGAUGUUAUGAGCUGGGACUGCUAGAGAAUCCGCAGCAUAGCUUGGAGUACCUGGAAGAGGUGGAGAGGCUUGGAAAGGAAAUUGUUUCGGACAAGCGGGAAGUGGUAGCACUGGACAGGCGCCGCAAUCUAAACCGAGAAG